AUGGGAACAUUGGUCGUAGUGGAUGUGCCUCAUCAACGUUGGAAGUUAUUGGCCGAUGCAAAACCGAGCCCAACUCAGAAUAUUUCACUUAUUUUUGUCAUUAAAAAUAAUGAUAAACAAAUUUCAAAUUUAGAAAGAAAGUUCCAACAAGUAAGUGAUCCAACUCAUGCCGACUACGGCAACUUUUUGACCUAUGAUCAAAUACAUCAACAGUUACUCAGUGACACAACAAAAAGUGGUGCAAUUGUCGAAAAGUGGCUACAUAAACAUGAUGGAAUUAGUAUCAGAUCGACUGCUCAUAAGGAGUUUUUGAUUGUACAAUCACCACUACCUGUUCGUAUAUUGCAUAUUCAGAACUUAGAUACUUACGAGCAUCGCAUCAGUAGACAACUAACAUUCAAAGGAAAGCAAUUUCAAUUACCAAGCAUUGUUUCUGACCAUAUUGAACACAUUGAAGGAUUAAGUAGAUUUCCAGUUGUGCUAAACAGAGCGACACUGAAACAUCCAUUAGCCGACAAGAGACAAUCGGAUGCCCCUAUCAUAAUAAUUGUUCAGAAAAAUGGAAACAAAAUUGAGUUUUAUAUUCAAUUAAUAUGUUCCAAUGGUAAAAAUGCAUCUAAUAGCAUAUGUCCAGAAUUUAAAGGCUACAAAGUCACUUUACAAACUCUCGCAUCAACAGCAAAGCUAACUGUGUCGUCAAAGAACGCCAACUGUCAAGCGUGCAAUCAAGCGAGGUUGACUAUCUCAGAUGUCUGUACAGAUUCUAAUUUGAAUGGUGAUAGUGUGUUAUGUCAUUUCUUUCUCAUAUAUAAUAUAGAUAAAUAUCAGCAGAGUAAAGUUUCUGUUGAAUCAAAAUUUGUUGAGAAUGGCCAGACAAGUUAUUCUGCUUCAGACAGUCAGCAAUUUGAAGAAGUAUGUGUAGGUACACCAUCGCUUUUGUCAUCACUAUAUAAUGUCAGCACGAGUACACUUAAAGAGAAACGUCAUGCUAAGAGCAGACAAGCCGUUGUUGGGUUUUCACAAUAUUAUGAUGUUAAAUCGAUCAAAGCAUUUGCGCAAAGCUUUGGAAAAAACUUCAAUCUAAAUAUAGGCAAAGUCUAUGGAACUGGUUAUGAGAAUAAAUCGUAUGAUGGAGGUGAAACCUCGUUGGAUAUGGAAUAUAUGGCAGCAAUGGGUGCCGGUAUCGUAACAGAUUAUAUUUCAGGUGACACUAACAGUACUGGUUACACACAAUUUUUCGCUACAUUAGCGACAUUGGAGUCAAAUAAGCGUAAUGUUGUUCCACUCGUUUAUUCCAUAAGUUAUGCUGACAGUGAAAGAACAUAUGAACCAAACGCUGUUCGUAUGAUUGAUAUACACUUUAUGAAGAUGGGGGUCUCGGGAAAGACGGUUUUUGCUAGUUCAGGCGACAACGGAGUAUGGGCUGGCUCUGGUGCUUGUCGAAAACGUUUUGACCCAUAUUAUCCGGCUUCGUCACCUUAUAUCACAAGUGUUGGCGGCACACAGUUAGUUCGCGGUAUUAACGGUAGUUGUCGAUACAUACCACAAGCGAGUGGCAUAUGUCUUGAAGAAAUUGUUGCUUAUAAGAAUGACUUGACAGAUUGCCUCAUAACAUCUGGUGGUGGAUUUUCAGACUAUCAUUCAAUGCCGAUCUGGCAAAAGACAUUUGUUCAGAGUUACCUAACUUCAGCCAGUACGUCAGCCAGCUCUCCAGCCAUUGCUGGUCUGUUUAGUUUAAUUAAUGAUCAACGAUUAAAACUUGGUAUGAAGCCAUUGGGUUUCUUAAAUCCUUUACUGUAUCGAUUAGCAAAAACAAACCCAGAAGUAUUCUACGAUAUUAUUACAGGCAAAAACAAUUGUAAUACUCAGUUAUGUUGCCAGUAUGGUUUUAAAGCACAAAAGGGAUACGAUCCUGUCAGUGGUCUUGGGUCAAUUAAUCAUGGACUAAUGAUGAAAUUGCUGACGCAAAACCCAACUGAUUGA